AUGCCUGUCUCUGUUGAAUUUCUGCGCGAGUUGCCCAAAUGUGAGCACCAUCUGCACCUCGAGGGCACAUUAGAACCGGAUCUGCUGUUCCCGCUGGCAAGGAGGAACGGUGUUGAGUUGCCCGCUGGGUUCCCACAGACACCUGAGGAGUUGCACAGGAAGUACGCCGCGUUCGCUGACUUGCAGGACUUCCUCAACUACUACUACGUCGGUACGAACGUGUUGCAGACGGAGCAGGACUUCUAUGACCUUGCCUGGGCGUACUUCAAUAAAGUGUCGAAGCAAGGACUUGUACACGCUGAACUGUUCUUCGAUCCACAGUCGCACACUUCGCGUGGCGUGGCCAUCGAGACCGUUACAGGUGGGUUCCACCGUGCAUGCACUGACGCACGGGAACAAUUCGGAAUCACCUCACAACUCAUCGUGUGUCUGCUUAGACAUUGCCCACCAGCUGAUUGUCUGCAAACUAUUGAAGAUUUCUCGAAGUUCUUGACAGAUGGGACCAUCACGGGGAUAGGGCUGGACUCCGCGGAGAAACCGUUCCCACCGGGGCUGUUCGUCGAGUGUUACCAGCGCGCUCGUGAGAUCAACCCGGAUUUGCGGUUGACCGCUCAUGCUGGGGAGGAGGGCCCAGCACAGUACGUUUCGGACUCGCUCGACUUGCUCCACACCACGAGGGUCGACCAUGGGGUCAACUCCGUGCAUGAUGCAGAAUUGAUGCGCAGACUUGCCGCGGAAAGGACGCUACUGACGGUGUGCCCGCUCUCGAACGUCAGAUUGCAAGUCGUCAAGCGCGUCGGGGAACUGCCCCUCCAGCAGCUGCUCGACGGAGACGUGCCCUUCUCGCUUAACUCAGACGACCCGGCGUACUUCGGUGGGUACAUCCUCGAGAACUACGUCCAGGUCGCGAAAGAGUUCCCUCACUGGGACCACGCCGUGUUCGCCAAAAUCGCCAAAAACGCAAUCAACGGGUCCUGGUGUGACAACAAGCGCAAAACCCAACUUCUCGGGUUACUCGACGCAGUCGUCGCAAAGCACUCUGUGUAA